UUGUUUAAACAAAAAAGAUAUGCUCAUACUGGAAAAUUUGCCAAGUUUCUUGAGUUUAAUGGAGCCCCACUGCCUUUGCAAGGCAGUGGGGACUUGACAAAUCAUGCUGCGAACUUGAUUAACCAUAAGAUUUACUUUAGUAAUGGUGGAGAGUUGAAUGGUAUUCCUCAUAUACAAACUCUUAGAGAAUUUCCUAGGGAGGAGCUUUUUGGAAAAGUUGUCAUGGUCAGAUUUGAUUCUAAUAUAUUAGUCAAGAGAGAGUGCGACAGGAAGAAUCAAUCAGAUUCUAAUGCAGUAUAUACAAUUAAAUAUUUGCAUAAAUCUGGGGCAAAGGUCAUCUUGGUCAGUGAUUGGAAUAUGAAUACUCCAGAACUUCACACAGAUUCAGUUACAGAUUUCUUAUCAGAAGUUCUUCAAACACAAAUUGUUCCACUGCAUGCCAAUUAUUUUAAGAAGCAAGCAAAGAUGAAUAGCCUUGAGAAAGAGAAUAUCCAUCUUCUUGAGAAUCUUUCUAAUUUCAAAGAGGAAGUUGCUAAUAGUUUGGAGUUUGCUAGAAUAUUAUCAUCAGGAGUUGAUAUCUUUGUCAACGACUCCUUCUCCAACUGUCAUAAAGUUCUAGCCUCCACAGUUGGUGUUACCCGUUUCUGCUACACCUGUAUAGCUGGUUUUCACUUUGAGGAGAGGCUUGAUCUACUGAAGAAUCUUGCAGAAGCCAGCACAAAGCCAUAUGUAGCAAUUAUUGGAGGGGGUAAUCUCUAUGAUAAAGCAGCUUCCUUUCAGUUCUUAGCUUCCAGAUGCCAAGUGUUUGUUUUUGUGGGCAUGAUGUCAUUUCAAAUAAUGCACGCAUUAGGAGUAUCAAUCCCGUGUGAUUUAGUGGACGGUCAAGCAGUUAAUGAAGCUCUAGAUAUAGUGAGACUUGCUCAAGAUAAAAACGUGCAGAUCCUGUAUCCGAAAGAUUUUUGGUGCCAGAAAAGUGUAACAAAGCAACUGCAAGUAUUUCCUUCUCAUGGAAUUUUGGAUGAUUGGGUACCUGUGGACCUGGGACCUGUAUCAUUGGAUGAAAUCGACUCUACACUUACAAAUUGUAAGAAAAUAAUGUGGAUUGGUCCAGUGCAAUUUGUUUAUUCAAGUGUAUACACCAACGGGGCUUCUAAAUUGGCAAGAAUUCUAGACAAACUAGGCCAAAACAACUGUGAAAUAACAGUUGUUGGGACUGCGGCAAGCAAACUAGAGACGGAAAAAAGUUCAUUGUCCUUUAUAAAUAUCAUUGAGAAUGCUUCUGUUGUAUGGGAAUUUCUCAAAGGAAGAAAGCUCCCUGGUGUUAUGGCUGUGGACAGGGGAUACCCUUUUGAGAUCAACUGGAGCAGCAUUUAUUCUGACCCAGCUCAACCGGUUGUUGAUAUUGGAAGUGGUAAUGGGCUUUUCCUUCUUGAAAUGGCUAGAAGGAGGCAAGAUUUAAACUUCCUCGGUUUGGAGAUCAAUGAAAAGCUUGUUUUGCGUUGUCUGGAUUCUAUUCAUCAAUAUGGCUUAAAGAAUGGGUACUUUGUUGCUACCAAUGCAACAUCAACAUUCCGUUCUAUUAUUUCUACUUACCCAGGAGACUUAGUUCUUGUCUCAAUACAGUGUCCAAACCCCGAUUUCAAUAAGCCUGAGCACAGAUGGAGGAUGCUUCAGAGAUCUUUAACUGAAGCAGUAGUGGAUCUUCUAGCACCCAAUGGGAAGAUCUAUCUGCAAUCUGAUGUAGAAGCCGUGGCAAUAAGAAUGAAAGAACAAUUUUUUAGACAUGGCAAGGGUAAGCUUGAUUUAGAGUAUGGACAAAGUGAGUGGCUUGAGGAAAACCCAUUUGGAGUAAGAUGAUGGGAAAAACAUGUUUUAGAGCGCCGGGCCCCGAUGUACAGGAUGAUGUUUUCUAAAUCAUCUGGUAUUGGGGAAGUUUAGAGUUGCUAAGAAUGUAAUCCAGAAAUCUGGCUGAUACAUCAAUUUUUCAAAGGGUUACUAAUAAUUUGCAGAAUCUAUCACACAGCUAAUGAUUUCUUCA